GAGGAGCGCACACAGGUUCGCCCGCACCUGCUCCGUCCUUCGCCACCUCCUCCUCGCCCACCUGGCCCCGUCUCGGCCGUCCGCGCCGCGCUCGGCAGCAGCCGCCGCCACAGCAACAUGCUGCCCAGGAGCGCCUCGUCCAUGCCGCCGCCUCCCAACCCCGCUGCCUACUUCCCCCCUCCCCGGGUCACGCUGCCCUCCGGCCUGGAGAUCCUGCGGACCUACUCGGGAGCCGUCAUCUUCCUGGAGAUCCUGUUUGGAACAAUCGUCUGGAUAUUGGUAGCCUCUACCCAAGUUCCACUGCCGUUGCUACAGGGAUGGGUAAUGUUUGUAGCAGUGACUGCAUGGUUCCUGUCCAUUGUGUUCCUGUGUGUGUUCCUCUUCGGUUAUGCAAAUAGAAUUGCUGUCAACUGGAACCAGACGGAUUUUCUUUUCCAUGGGGCUACUUUUGUCUUUUAUUUUGGAGCUUUUCUACUGCAAGCAGCAACUACAUCUCUGCAUCACUUUCCCCGCAAAUUUAAUUCCACCUCACAAGAGAAGAUUAUGGCAGAUCAUGAAUAUAACAUAAGCAUAGCAGCCUCGAUUUUUGCCUUUGCAACAGCUGUUUGUUAUGGUUGCAGCACAGCCCUGGCAUUAAGGAGAUGGAGGCUAUAGCAGUUGAAGAGAGGUUGAUGCCUGAGUGUUCUGCGUCAGAUCAAAUUAAGUGCUACUUGUUUCUUUUACUGUAAUCUAAUUCCAAAAGACUUUUUUUGCUUUAAAUCUGUUUCAAAGUGCUGAAAUGCAAAUAACUCCUCAUAAGGAUUUCCCUAACAAGUUUGCAUCUCUUCCCUUCUAAUUUUUACUUUUAUUCUGUACUCAUGAAAAGCAUACUCAUUGUAUGGUAUUACAGAGUUCAGGGAUAAACAGAUAUGUCAUUAGCAGAUAAGAGAAUUCUAGUGCUAAAUCAGAAGAGGAAGAAGAUGGAAACUAAACCAAUGUGUUAACUGCAUAGGCAGCUGAAAAGCUUCUCCCUUUGUUAAAUCCUGGUUUUGGGCCUUAAGUAUUUUGCAGCAUUACAGUGCAUUCCACAUAGGUGGAGUCUUGAGGCUCCUUUUAGAGUCAUGGGUUUUCUGUGUGCUGCUCCUUGUGUGUUCAGAGCCCAGGCUGACUUUGUGAUACCAGCUUAGUAUGUAUAUUAUUAAUUUUGAUGUACAGAGAAGAUAUUUUAAAUAUACAUCCAGUGAAAUCUUUUGAUACUCUUUUAUAGCCAUAUCCACCUAUGGUUAUCUGAUCCUUAAAGCUUCAUGUAUUCUUUAGUACAUGGAAACUGUUUGGCACUGUCAGUGAGUAGUUGAUUAGUUUUAGGAAUUUAGCUUAAUCAGAUCUAUUUAUACUGCAAAACUAAAACAGUGCAUCUGUGUUGUGUGUAUAUACAUGGUAUAUUUUUGUUUAACAGGAAUAUUUGCACUGUUUCACUUUGUUAGAGUACAACUUUGGUUUUGUUACUUCAAGUGCUGCAUUUGUUACUUAUUAUGUGAGUCAAUAUCAUUUGAAUGGAAUGUAACCAAAUGGUGAAUAAUGUCUGACCUCAA